AAAGCUGGCUAAGAGAUGGGAAGCAGGGGGAGACAGGAAAGGGAGGAGUGUGGGCUCUAGAUCCCUGCUGGCUGGGAAGUUAGUAGUCGCCCAGAGUGUUGGUCUCUGUAAAUAUCUGUAAAUAAUAGGUGGUGAGAACAGACACAAACAAUAAAAAGACACGGGUGCUGCACUUCAGUUAGUCUCUGACAGCAUUUGUGGAGGGGCUGAGAGCAGGCACUGCUAGCGUGUGUCUGACUAGUUGUGUGUCUGUCUCACUGUCGCUUUCUUUCUGCCGCCUCCUCGUAACACACUCUCCUUCCUCUGGUCAGUGUUUCUCUCUUUUCGGUAUCACUUCUCUUUCCUCUGCACCCAGGCAGCAUCCUUGAACCUCUCACUCCCCGCUCCACACACACCCCUCACCCAGCAAAGGAUGGACCUGCCUCUGCUCCUCUACCUGUGCGCAGUGCUGGCACCAAGCCAUGGAUUCAGCGUGGACAUGGAGGGACCCAUCACCUUCCAGGAGGCUGCUGCAGGGUUCGGGCAGAGCGUGGUGCAGUUUGGGAGUGCCAGCGCUGGGGGGUUGCUCGUCGGGGCCCCGCUGCAGACAGGAAACGUGAAUGAAACCGGCAAAGUCUACAAGUGCGGCCCGGGCUCCGGACGCUGCCAGGAGAUCCCCAUCCAGAGGCCCUCUGAUGCUGUGAAGAUGUCCCUUGGUUUGUCUCUGGCUGCCCAUGGCUCCCAGAUCCUGGUGUGCGGCCCCACGGUGCACCAGGCCUGCGGGGAGAACAUGUACGUCAAAGGCUACUGCUUCCUCCUGGACCAGAGACUCCAGCAGCUCCGGCGCAUCCCGGACAGUUUGCCAGAGUGUCCCAAACGCCCCACAGACAUCGUGUUCCUCAUUGACGGCUCAGGCAGCAUUGAUUACCAUGACUUUGAAACGAUGAAGACGUUUGUCAUCGAGGUCAUAAGGCGUUUCCGUGGCACCGACACGCUGUUUGCCCUCAUGCAGUUCUCCAGCACUUUUAAGGAACACUUUGACUUCAAUAAGUUCAAGAGCACCCGCGACAUAGAUUCACUCAUCCAUCAAGUUACACCGCUCGGAGACUAUACCCACACGGCCACUGCCAUCCAGAAAGUGGUGACGGAGCUGUUUAUCUCACAGAAAGGAUCCCGGGAUGGAGCUGCCAGGAUUCUCAUUGUGGUAACAGACGGCAUGAAAAAUGAUUACCUUCAAUACUCAGACGUGAUUCCAGAGGCAGAGAGAGCUGGGAUCAUUCGCUACGCCAUCGGG